AUGCUUACCUAUCCAAAGCAAAUUAAUUUAACAGUCAUUCGUAAAUCAGAUGGUAAAACAAUGAGAUUGCAUGUGCCAGAAUAUGUUACUGUACACUAUUUGAAAACACAAUUGAAACAAUCGUUCCAUUCGAAUAAUGAUAAAUUUCAUUUAUAUUACAAAGGAAAACAUAUUCGAUCAAGACAUUUGUUAAAAUAUUAUGGAAUUUCUAAUGAGGCGAACAAUAUUCAAAUUAUCUUAAAAUAA